UGGCGGCCCUGAGGAACGGUUUGACUCCAGCUUGUCUUGCGGGACGCUUCCUCAUCAGGCAAAGUGCAAAACCCAACGCGGGCGGGCAGCCUUGUUGCGACUUUUGGAAGCACAAAUUGACUUGCUUGUGUUUUGGAUGGUUAUCCUGCUGCAGAACUCAAGUGCGCUUCAGCUUGAGGUCACAAACUGAUGACCGGACAUUCUCCUUCAGGAUUUUCUGUGAAAGAGCAGAAUUCACGGUCCCUUCAAUCACAGCAAGUUGUCCAGGUCCUGAAGGAGCCCAAGACCAUCACACUACCACCACCGUGUUUGAGUGUUGCGCUGGCUCCAGAGGUCUCUUGUUCACACGGCGUUUGACUUGAACAGUUCAGCCGCCGGUGCCACAUCUCUGCUGCGCAGGCGGCGCCACGAGAAGCUACUCUGGGUGGCGGUGAGACACAACAGCUCCCCGAUGCCAAGCGAGGGCGGCCCCCCGGCGGUGGCCGACGUCGCCCCCGUCCUUCUGCCAGCGAUCCCUGAACAGAUCCCGCUCCGGCCCGUUUCCGUGGUGAUGGGAGAUGAUCCCGCCCCCCUCUUGACACAGGCGGCGGACGCGGCGGAGGUCCUACGGGCUGCCGAUCCGGAAGUCCGUCUAGCGGAGCUGGGCUUGGCCGGCCACACUCCCGUGGGUGUCAUCCAGAACCUGUUGGAGUUCAUGCACAUGGACGUGGGUCUGCCCUGGUGGGCAGCCAUCGUAGUCGGAACAGCGGUGGCUCGCCUGGCCGUCUUUCCCGUCAUCGUGAAGGGCCAGCGGGAGGCGGCCAAACUCAACAACGUCAUGCCCGAGAUGAGCCGACUCACCAGCAGGAUGACGGAGGCCAAACAGAGCGGGAACAAAUUUGAAUUCGCCAAAGCCUACACCGAGCUGACCCUGUUCCAGAAGAAGCACGACGUCAACCCCCUUCGCGGGUUCCUGGUUCCUCUGGUGCAGGCGCCUGUCUUCAUCUCCUUCUUCAUGGCGCUGAGGAAGAUGGCGUACUUGCCGGUGCCUAGCAUGCAGGCGGGAGGUGCGCUGUGGUUUCCGGAUCUGACGGUGGCGGAUCCCUUCUACAUCCUGCCUCUGGCCGUCACGGGGACCAUGUUCUUCAUCUUGGAGCUGGGCGCCGAGUCGGGCGUGGACAACCCCAACCUGCGCGCCAUGAAGACCGUGUUCCGGAUCAUGCCGUUCGUCAUCCUCCCGCUCACCAUCAACUUCCCCACGGCCGUGUUCACCUACUGGCUCACCUCCAACUGCUUCUCGUUGGCUCAAGUGGCGCUCCUCAGACACCCGCCGAUCCGAGACAAGCUACGCAUCCCCGAGAGGAUCAAGUACCCGGCCUCCGACCUGCCGCAAAAUGACGGCUUCGUCGCCAGCAUGAAGAAAGGUUGGUCAAACGCUCAGCUGGCUCAGCAGCUGGACGAGCGAGAGAGACGCAUCAAAAAUCAUCUGGACCUCGCCGCCAAAGGUCCGCUGAGGCAGACAUUUACCCAGAAUCCUCUGCAGCAGAACCCUGCGCCGUCCACUCAAGACAAGAAGGCCGCGAGCAAGACGAGGCCGUGGAAGGACAUCAUGGAAUAAAUUGUGUAGAGUGCAUAUUUUUGGAUGUAUGUUGUCACCAUGUACGUAUGCUAUUUACAUUAAACUGGAAAAGCAC